UUUCGUCAGGGUUACGUCAUAUGUUUUCCUCCCUCACGCGGUGGCACUCGUCAGACUACCCGAGCGGAAUCGGUGAAGAUGGCAGACGAGGAGGACUCUGCACCGGAGCCUGCCGCUGUCUCUCCCCCGGGGAGCCCUCACGUUGGGCGGCCUCACUUUGUGUCUUUCUCCGAGAGCGUGCAGCCAGCCGUCGGGAUGAUGAGCCAGCUGUUGACUCAGCCGUCGUCCCUAAAGUUCGACAAGAACAUUAAACAGGCCUUUUAUAAUACCGGGGCGAUGAUCUUCGUAGCUAUCUGCUGCGGGGCGGCUGUCCUGGUCUACUUCAUCCUGGAGGCCUUCCUCCGCCCGCUGCUCUGGGCGGUGCUCUGCGGCACCUUCUUACACCCCUUCAAGUACUCUCUGGCCCGGCUCGGUCGCUCGUGGCUCAGCGGCCUGCAGGAUACCGGGACGCCCAUAGUGGUGGGGACCCUGCUGGUUCCGGUGUGGUGUGUGAACUACGGGGUGGAGGCGAUGGGCAGACUGGUGCUGGAGAGGCUCACCAUCCUGCUGGUGAUCGGGGCCGGGGCUCCGCUGGUUUACUUCAUCUACCUGACCUGGAGCGUCAUCGGCAUGCAGGUGAUGCUCGGACACGUCUGUGGGAUCAUCGGGGCCGCGCUGGACUGUUUCCACACUGUGUGGGUGUGCACUGUGGUGGUGGGCUACAUGUUGGCAGUUUGCUUCAAGUGGAGUCCUCACACCGAGCGCUACCUGAGGGCUCUGGCUCUUCCUGUCUGGGCCAUCCUGCUCUUCUACAUUGUGUCUCUGACUGGCUCGUGGAGAGUGCCUAUAUUUAUGGUUGUGGUUAUACUGCUCAUCGUGGGCUCUCAAGAGAAACCACCUGUCCCUGGCAGAGGAGAGCUGUCAGGACAGGUGUUGUCAUUUGCUGCUAACACUUUUUACAUGGCGAUCUCCUGUAGCAACCUCCAGCCCAAAGCGGAGCCCGGUGAAAACUCUGCUACAGAUGGCGUCGACUCUGUGGGUUCUGGAUCUAUCCCCGCCACACCUGGCUUCCCUCGAGGCUCUCGUACAUUACCGGCCGGCCUCUUCCCGAGAGAGAGGAGCUCCCAAAGAGCUAGUGAUAUCUACUUUAUUCUGCUGGUCUGGGCCAUAGUCUUGGUUCAGAUCUGGCUCAACCUGUGGAUCCUACAGCUGCUUCCUAUCCCAGUGGCUGUGUGGGUGCUGAAGAAGCUGGUGGUCCACUUUGGGAUGAAGAGCUUUAUUAAGCGGACUCUCACCGCAUGGUGGGCGGUGCUGGAGAAGUUUGGACGUGAGCGAGAGGAGGCCCUGCUGCCCGGACCAAUCAAAGGCCUAACUCAGUUCCUGCUGCGUAGUGACACUAAGAUGAUCGUGUGGUUGGAGCGCUCUCUGGAUAAAAUCAUCAGCAUCUUCAUCAUCAUCAUCCUGGUCACAGGGACACUGCUCAUGGCCCUGUUGCUCACUGCCAUGGUUCAUCAUGAAAGUGUUCACAUUAUUAAUGUAACCAGUAACCUCAUCAACGAGACUGUCAACAACCACCCAGAAUGGGCAAGUUGGCUCCCAGAGGCUUGUGUGGUCCAGAAGGCCCUGAAUUCAGCUGCGACGAAUGUCUAUCAGCACGGGAGAGAAUGGAUAACACACCGGCUUCAUAAGAUUUUAGGAGACCGGGCGAACCACACAGCCGUGAUUGAAAAGCAGGUUUUGGAGCUUUGGGACAGACUCUAUCAAUCCUGGUUUGUGAAGAAUGUGACACACUCCGGACGACAUCGUGGUCAGAAGAUACUGGGGAGGCAGAACAGCUGGUUAGUGGACAUCCUGGACUGGAAGGACAUUGCCUCUUUUCUGCAGGAGAAUAUAGAGACUCUGCUGUCUAUCGUGGAGUCUCUGUGGGUAGUAAUGAGCAGGAAUGUCGGCCUCCUCAUCUCCACGACAACCACUCUUUUCACUGUCUUGUUCCACAGUGGCACAGCUCUGCUCAACUUUGCCCUCAGUCUGGUGAUCUUCUUGACUACUCUCUUCUACCUGCUGAGCUCCAGUGGAGAAUACUACAAACCUGUCAAAUGGGUGAUCAACCUGACUCCCCUCUCCCAGCCGGGACCCUCCUCUAAUAUUAUAGGCCAGUCUGUAGAGGAGGCUAUCAGAGGAGUGUUUGACGCCUCUCUGAAAAUGGCCGGCUUCUAUGGCCUCUACACUUGGCUCACACACACAAUCUUUGGCAUCAACAUUGUCUUCAUUCCUUCUGCUCUGGCUGCCAUCCUGGGUGCGGUGCCCUUCCUGGGGACCUACUGGGCCGCAGUGCCGGCUGUGUGUGACUUGUGGCUGGCUCAGGGCGAAGGCGUCAAGGCCGUGCUGCUGCUCAUCUUCCAUCUACUUCCAACAUAUUUUGUAGACACUGCCAUCUACUCUGACAUAUCUGGGGGUGGACACCCUUAUCUGACAGGCCUGGCAGUGGCCGGAGGAGCAUACUAUCUGGGUCUGGAGGGGGCCAUCAUCGGGCCCAUCCUCCUCUGUAUCCUGGUGGUUGCAGCCAACAUCUACAGCGCCAUGCUGAUGAGCCCCAGCUCUGCACUGCCCACACCGGUGCAGAGCAGCCGGCCUCUGCACCCCAGGACAUUCACAGAAUCCACCCCGUCUGUCCCGAAGAAAACCAGUGAGUGAGAGCAAGAGGAUAUGUCCUUGUGGGACAUCAUCUGGCUUCCUAUUGGCUGAUUCCGCAGGGGUAAGGCUCCCCUCCCUAUCCUGCCCUGCUCCACAGGGUCGGCCCCCUGACCAAGAAGAGAUGACGGCGUAAUGACUGGCUACCAACGAUGCCGUCUGCUCACCAGCGCUAUUACUCUGAGCAAUGUGGCACCCGCUGCUCUCAUUUAACCUAAAAUCACUAAUGUGAGCGUACAUCCUAAACCUAAACUUGGACCAAUGACAUGACAUUGAGCUUAACGAUUAAUGUAUAAACAUGGGAGACAUUGAUGCUAACCACAUCUUCUCUCAGAACUCAGUGCCUAAAUUUAUUUUAUAAUGUUGACAAAUGCCUAAAAUUAUUGUGUAAUUUCUGGCAAAUUGUGAGAUAAUGUAUUUUAUCUACGAAGCCCCUGAUUUCCACUGCACACCCUGGCUGUUUGGAAGCUGCAGUAUCUGGUCGUGCAGCAUUUGUACUCCCUACCUCUCUCCUCACGGAGGCUUACAUAGAGUUUGUAUUGACGAUAAAGAUGAACUGAGCACUUCUUGCCAUAAAAGUUUUCAUGUCUGGCUCCAUAGAAGGAUUAAAUCACUGUUUUUAGGUUAAAUGUUAUUCACGUUCUCACUCUCCUGGACCAGGCUUUGAUCCAGGAUCACUGCUUUUUCACUUUUUUAAAGAAACUGCACAGUUAUUUUGAAUGGAUACAUGCCUCUAACAUGGCAGGGUCAGGUUUGGAUUGAUAAGAGUAACUUUAAUGGAUCAGAUUGGUCUUGAGUCCAACACUAGACUAUUACUGAGAAUUCUUUUACAUUUAAUUUAUCUCAAGCUUAACUUUAUUCCUUAAAACACUGUGAGUUCAUAUACACACAUCAGCACAACCUCACCUUUUUUAGUUUUUACAUGCUUUUUCUGCACAUCUCUCAGUAUUGAUGUACGUUUACACUCAGAAUAUCUUGAUAUUGACAAGGCUGACUGAGUAUUUUUUUUGAGUACUCUCAAGUUUGAUAACUGUGACUCUGCGUUGUCUCUGUCACAACUAAUCGGUACUCCAAAUACAUUAGAUAUGUCUUUAUUUUUUCUACUCAGCUCAUCUGUUAUUGCACUUGCAUACUCCACACUUUUAAAGUACAGAAAGCACUUUUCUGAAAGCAGAGUAGUUUAUGUCACUUGAAGCUUUAUUAAACAAGCUGUUCAGAUGAAUUGUGUUUGUAAAGCAACACAUUGAUCAUACAUGGCUACUGUGUUAGCUGCCUGAGGGUGGGAGGGUUGUAUGUGUUCUGGGUUGGGUUUGAACAAGUGUGUAAUUUCACUGUUUAACCGAACGAUUGUAGUUUUUAUUUGAUACUGUGCUGGUUUUUGUUUCUUUUUUUUUUAG